AGUGCGGCGGCGUUUCGGCUUGGCUCGAGUCUUUGCAAGUGCCGCUCCAAACUCCGAGGACCAAAUGGCGGAGGAAGGCAAAGUCGAGGAGAAGGACAACUUCGACGUUGGCCCUUUGUCAGUGCUGCAGAAAUGUGUCAAGGACAACUCGCAGGUGCUCAUCAACUGCCGCAACAACCGCAAGAUCUUGGCGCGGGUGAAGGCCUUCGAUCGCCACUCCAACAUGGUCUUGGAGAACGUCCGUGAGAUGUGGACGGAGCUGCCCCACGGGGGAAAGAAGAAGGCGAAGGCAGUGAACAAGGAUCGUUUCAUCAGCAAGAUGUUCCUCCGCGGGGACUCGGUGAUCUUGGUGCUGCGAAACCCCAAGUAAAGAAGCAUCAACUGGCAAGGUGAGAGCGGAGAUAUUGAGCGCGACCGAGAGGUGCAAGAGUGCGGCAAGCAUGGGAAGGUUUGAGUCACAAUCUUCCCAAGGUUUCAGUGGUAAGAAAAACCGUUGGGCCCAUAGC